AUGGAUCAAGACAAGACAGACAAGACCAUGUAUCACCCCGAGGAGUCAACUCCCAAGGUCGGCGAGAUGCUCAGCCUUCAGGGUUCUCUUGAGGUUGCAGAGGAGGGGACGGGAAACCGCCAAGGGAAGCAUCUUUUGAGGAGAAUUGACUUAUGCCUGAUGCCACUGCUCCUCGUUUCGUAUACACUUCAGUUCCUAGACAAGCAAUCGCUGAACUUUUCUUCCAUCAUGGGAAUUAUCGAUGACCUGGACUUGGUCGGAUCAAGAUACAGCUGGAGCAGCAGCGUCUUUUACUUUGGUUACCUGGCUUUCAGCUACCCGGCUUCAUUCUUGAUGGUUCGCUUGCCACUGGGUAAAUAUUUGGCCGGUACAAGCUUUGUCUGGGCUGUCGUCUUGAUCUGCCACGCCGCAGUACAGGACUUCAAGGGCCUUGUCAUUGCUCGCUUCUUUCUCGGUGCCGCAGAAGCAUCCAUAUCGCCUGGAUUCUCUUUGAUCACCGGAAUGUGGUACAAGAGAGAGGAGCAGCCCCUCAGACACGGCAUCUGGUUCCUUGGUAAUGCCAUUGCUACCAUGUUUGGAGGGCUGUUGGCGUACGGAAUCGCUCAUAUCGGUGGCAGCCUUGACGCAUGGAGGUGGCUCUUCAUUAUCUUUGGUCUCAUCACCCUCGUCUGGGCAGUCGUCCUUCUCAUCUUCCUCCCGGACACGCCCGACAAAGCACGCUUCCUCAAUGAACAACAGCGAGUCCAAGCCGUCGAUCGAAUCCGCAGCAACCAAACCGGCAUGAAGGACAACCAUUUCAAGUGGGACCAAGUCCGCGAGGUUGUCCAGGAUCCCAACGUGUUGCUGCUGAUGGUCUAUCAGCUGACCUUUAGCAUUCCAAACGGUGCCCACACCACGUUCAGCAGUCUGGUCAUGGCUGGCUUUGGGUUCACUCGAUUUCAGGUCUAUCUGUUGAAUAUGCCCAUGGGUGCUAUCCUUGCCUUCUUUGCCAUUAGUUCGAGUUACCUUUGUAGUCGCUUCGAUGGCUAUAGAACCAUCGCUGGAGCAGCUCUUAGUCUCAUCAGUUUGACGGGCUCAAUCUUGGUUCGAUUCGGUCCUAACCAAGGAAGUCGACUCCUCGGCCUGUGGCUCUUCGUAGCCUUUGCUGCCGGCUUCCCCAUCUCCCUCUCGCUGAUUGCUUCCAACGUCGCGGGCUUUACCAAGAAGAGUGUUGCAUCAGCCAUGAUGUUUUUCUGCUACGCCGCUGGUAACAUUAUUGGGCCUUUCCUCUUCUUCCCACGUGAAGCCCCAGAGUACGCUAGUGGCUUCCUUGCUACAACUAUUUGCUUUGGCAUCUCAACAUUGACGAUGUUGGUGCUGCGUUUCACGCUGAUCGCGGAGAAUAAACGCCGAGACAAGCUUCAGCAGACGACCAUCACUCUGCCUCCGGACCAACUUGAGAUUUCUGACAAGACGGACCGUCGCAACCUCAACUUCCGAUAUGUUUAUUAG